GAUGUCCGACUCUUCUAACAAUUUGCAGCCUAUAGUACCGUCCGAUUCCGACAACCGACCUCAGGCUCUGAGAGUCACAGGCACUCUCAUGCCUAACAACUCUUUUGACCGCCUUGCGACGGAGCUCUUGCUUCAUAUACAAAGCUUCAUAGGCUACGAAUACAUAUGGGACCAUAUCUGCUUCGCCUUUACUUGCAGGCGCUUCAAGAGCCUCUACCCGGACGACAAAUGGCAAGACCUCCUUCGUCUCGGCGGUUACGGGAAGCCUCUCAAUCUCGAAUGGCUCAAGAGACACCAUCUCCCAGGUGAGAACAGCUGGGAGGACCUCGCGAUAUCAAUAGCGCGACACAUGGUGUCUUGUUCGUUCGGCCCUUGUGGCGAGUAUUAUGGUAGACCUUAUUUUUUUCAACGCAAGCCCGACGCCGGCUACUACGAACCCGAAGUCCAUGGUUCCUGCUAUCCUUUGUUGACCAAAACUGAUGUCGAGAAGGGAAAUAUCAAGUGCAAAGGCUUCUGUGCUUCAUCCGUCUUCGCGUGGAAUGGCUCUACGAGAGAAAUUGCGGGGAUAAUCGACGACUAUGCACGCACUCGCGACGACGAAGUUAUCCUCUGGAAGUACGCUGAGGCCGCCUGCAAGUUCGCCACGGAUCCUCCCGUGACCGAGCUCACGAUCAUGGUCUUGGGUAUUCUCGAGGUGGAUAUCGUCAAUCCGGAUGGAGUCACGGUCUUUGAUUGUCUGAAGCAGAUCUACGACUAUGGGGACGAGUGGGACUUCGAUAUCGAUAAUAUACCCUAUAUCUACGAAGAUUAUGUCGACCGCUUCGAGAAGAUGUCCGAGUUCGACUUUUUGAGAGACACAACUGUAGGGCAAGCCAUCGAUUUCCUAUACGAAUGGCGUCAGUCACAAGCCGCCUCUGAGCAAAAUGAUCAAGGCCUUGCAGAGCUUAUUCAACAGAUUGAUCUUUUCUGCUAUAUGAUUCCCCCUGCAUGUUACCCUGUACCUCUCCUACAUGCCACACAAACGAUUCUCCAUGCGUUUCGCGGCAUUGCGCCAGUCUCCCAGUGGACCACAUUACGAGACUUCUUGAAGUGGUGCGAACGCUUGGGACCUACGGUGACAGAAUCGCAGUGGUAUACGACGUUAGACUACAACUUAUGCUGGUCUGACCUGUUGCGCAAUUGCUGUUUUAUUCGAAUUUGGCAGUCUGAGCCUGGAUCCACGACAUUUAUUUCAGAAUGGAGAUAUAACUCGAGGUACUUUGACUCGGAGAACGAGGAGUUCUGAUGCGG